CCUGAUGAAUAUGUACCAGGGUUUAAAGAAAAAUCUCUGAAUAUAAUCAAACCCUGCAUGGAGCUCCACAGUCGUUUAUUAGAGAUAACAGCCCUUGGAUUGAGAUGGCCGAGAGAUACUUUUCAAAAGUAUCACAACAUCGGGAAGCCAAAUCACAACAGUGUGCGUACACUACAUUACUACCCAGUGCCAGAAAACUUUACACUAUUCCCGGGACAAACUAGGUGUGGCAAACAUACAGACUUUGGAUCAUUUAGUCUCUUAUUCCAAGAUGACGUUGGCGGCUUGGAGGUCAAGACUGUUGAUGGUGAGUUUGUGGCUGCCACUCCUCUACCAGGAGCAAUAUUGGUGAUAGAGUGAUGCGAUGCAGGGAUGGACAAACAAUAAAUUCAAAGCUACUGAACACAGAGUAGCGAUAGCUGACAAAGACAACAUUAAUAUUGGAGCUGGAAGACGCUCACUUGUCUUCUUUGGAAGCCCUGACAAUGAUGCCCUUGUUACCCCUAUUGACUGUUUGAAUGAAGAGAAACCUAUGAAAUAUAAUGAUUAUGCACAAAUGAAAGUUUAUCAUGCUUAUUAGGAACCGUCGAAAUAUAAUGAUUAUGCGCAAAUGAAAGUUUAUCAUCCUUAUUAGGAACCUACGAAAUAAAAUGAUUAAACACAAAUGAAAGUUAAUCAUGCUUAUUAGGAACCUAC